AUAUAUAUAUAUGUAUAUAUAUAUAUAGAUACAUAGAUAUGUAUGUGUAUGUAUAUGUACGUAUAUGUGAGAGAGUUUAGGUGAAUGUGCGCCUAUAUGUACGUGUAUGUGUAUGCGGCUGUGUGAAAAAAAGUCUACAAAAGAUUUUGUGGUUCCAGAGUGCUUGCUGUCUAUUCAUUUAACUGCCAAUAAAUCUUUGUUGGAAUAAUAAUUUUUUUUUUGCUUUUGUUUUGUUUGUGGUGGAUAGAAAAAAGAAAAAAAAAAAAAACUUUUAAGAAAAAGGCAAGAAAAGUCUCAAUACAAAGCUUCGCUUCAUCGCCACCACCGCAAACACUGGCAAGCUCGCGCUAUACAUUAUGAGCAAUACAAUGACCGCUCAUGAACCUAUAAACUAUUUGGAUAGCAUCCUUAGCGAAGAGGAGAAACGUUGUGAGCAGUACAGUCAUCAAAGGCGCAAUUUCACCAUAUCACGCUCAGGUCGCUUCAAAUCAAAAAACAAACAUCGCAAUGUUGUCGAUGGCAAAAUGUUCGAUCGCUGUACAGCGGUUAAUGCAGCCUCUAGUAACGUUACUUCAGACAAGGAUAAGAUCAACACAUACCAUGCCGCCAGUAAUGCCAUGUCAUCGUCUUCCUCCGCAAAAUCGUAUCAAGCACCAUCAGCCACCGUAAAAUCGAAUUGCUCUUCCCCCAAUUUUCGUGCACGCGAUAAAAUGGAUGCUUAUAAAAGUUACUAUGAAACAAAUUUGUAGAUUAAAAAUUAUGCAUUAUGAUUAAAUUUUCUAAAAAUAAGUUAACUUUCUAAGUUUUCAUUAUAAUAAUAGUACAUAA